AUGAUGAAACAUGCCUGGGAUAAUUAUAAGCGUUACGCAUGGGGAUUAAAUGAACUGAAACCCAUAUCUAAGCAAGGACAUUCAAGCAAUUUAUUUGGUAACAUUCAAGGAGCAACAAUAGUGGAUGCCCUUGAUACACUAUACAUCAUGGAAAUGAAAGAGGAAUUCAAGGAAGCCAAGGAGUGGGUUGAAAAAAACUUAGAUUUCAAUGUGAACGCUGAAAUUUCGGUAUUUGAAGUGAACAUCCGUUUUGUUGGUGGACUGCUUUCAGCUUAUUAUCUUUCAGGAGAAGAGGUUUUCCGAAAAAAGGCCGUGGAGCUUGGAGAGAAAUUGCUACCUGCUUUCAACACUCCCACUGGGAUUCCUUGGGCGUUGCUUAAUAUCAAGAGUGGAAUCGGUCGAAAUUGGCCAUGGGCCUCUGGUGGCAGCAGCAUUUUGGCAGAAUUUGGGACUUUGCAUCUGGAGUUCGUACACUUGAGCCACCUGUCUGGUAACCCUGUCUUUGCUGAAAAGGUAAUGAAUAUUCGAAAAGUUCUAAAUCGACUGGAUAAACCAGAGGGCCUUUACCCCAACUAUCUGAAUCCCAGCAGUGGCCAGUGGGGCCAACAUCACGUCUCCAUUGGAGGGCUUGGGGAUAGCUUUUAUGAAUAUUUGCUCAAGGCAUGGCUGAUGUCGGACAGGACAGAUGAAGAAGGCAAAAAAAUGUAUUAUGAUGCUGUUCAGGCCAUGGAGACCCACCUCAUUCGCAAAUCAAGCGGGGGGCUGACAUACAUUGCCGAGUGGAAGGGCGGACUGCUGGAACACAAGAUGGGACAUCUCACUUGUUUUGCUGGAGGCAUGUUCGCUCUUGGAGCAGACGGAGCACCUAAAGACAAGACGGGCCAUCACAUCGAGCUUGGUGCUGAAAUGGCUAGGACUUGCCAUGAAUCCUAUGACCGUACCAGCAUGAAACUGGGACCAGAAGCCUUCAGAUUUGACGGUGGUGUUGAGGCCAUUGCUACAAGACAAAAUGAGAAAUACUACAUCCUCCGACCAGAAGUCAUAGAGACCUACAUGUACAUGUGGCGGCUCACUCAUGACCCAAAGUACAGGCAGUGGGGAUGGGAAGCUGUAGAGGCACUGGAAAAACAUUGCAGAGUAGAUGGUGGCUAUUCUGGCAUUAGGGAUGUUUACAACAAUCAUGAAAGCCAUGAUGAUGUGCAGCAAAGUUUCUUCCUUUCAGAGACACUCAAGUACUUGUAUUUGCUGUUUUCUGAAGAUGAUCUUCUUCCAUUCGAACACUGGGUCUUCAACACAGAGGCUCAUCCUCUCCCUGUUCUUCACAAAGACGAUGGAAAUACAGAAGAAAACCAGAAAUAGAUGAAGAUUAAGUUAUACUUUGUUUCAUUCCUUAUGUUUCUUUCCAGGACUUGGGCACAUUAUUUGAUUUAAAUUCCUGAGUUAAAUUUUUAAAUCAAGUGUUUUGCAGUCUAUUUUAUUUAACAGUAAAUAUUUAUGAGUGGAGCCCAACUGAUUACGAUAAAACUUCAUUCCUCUUAUCCAGCUGAAUCACUUCGAGGAGAAAUAGGACAUCUCGUCAGAUUUUGUUAGGCUGCAGUGUCAUCUUGGCCAAAAAGAGCAGGGGGUCUGCACAUUACUUGUUUCCUGUUAUGCUUUUAAUUUGACUGCAAAAUUCUUUUCUCCUCUGUGAGGAGAUGUCUGCUUUAAGCUGUAAUAUUUUACAAUGUUGCAAAAAGCCAUAUUGAAUUAAGUAUAAAAAGCUUUCUUCCUUU